AUGUUUGAAAGGUUUACAAUUAGGACAAAGCCAUACGAAACAAGUCAGUUCCAAAGCGACAAACACUUCUCUGUAAUGAAAAUGUUUUCCCUAGACCCAAUAGGGGCACUUGCAGCAGAUGAAUUUACUGCAUGGAUAAUCCUCACUCUCCUUCUCUGCUUUAUAUUCUAUUUAUACUCCAUUCUUAAGAAAGCCGCAAAGAAGAGGAUAUUCGGCCCAAAGAGAACCGGAAUUGCAAAAGAGGAUGUGCCUAUUAAUAUAGAGGACACGGAAUAAAUAGAGGGUUCCAGUUAUAUUACUAGAAUUUACACAAUAAACCAUAGAAAAUCAGCCUAACCUGCUUAAUAGCCCAAAACAUUU